AUGUCCUCAUUUAUAGUAAAAUGGGUUGCUAACCGACUUUUGAAAGAUAACCAAUGGAACAAAUUAGGGGUUGAAGACCCUUACUAUGAAUAUGUUCCCAUUGAAAAGAAAAAUGGUACCAAGUACAAGAAAAUAACUCGAAGAAUACCUCAGGGAAUUUCCAAGCAUGACAUUAGCGUCUUGGAAACUUUCAAGAAAAAGGCAUAUAGAUACGAUUACUGGUUCAAGUUGCUCGGGGUUCAGUUUGGAUGGGCAAGCAUUGUCAGUGUGGUCCCCGUUGUGGGGACAGUAAUACAAACUUACUGGUCAUUGCAAUUAUUGGCGCUUGCUCGAAAGAUACAGGGUGGGUUGCCAUUGGAUUUACAAUUAUUAUUCUUGUUGAAUAUUGUAAUUGAUUUUGGGUUGGGAUUCAUUCCCAUCAUUGGAAGUUUGAUUGAAAUAGGAUACAAAGCAAAUUCGAGAAACUUUUUAUUGUUGGAGAAGCACUUGAUAAGGGUGGGACAAAAGAAUCAGGGAUUAAUUUCUGAAGAUGAGGUUCGUCCCGGUUUCAUCAAUGAUACUGUGCAACCAUUUGUUGAUGAAAAGGUAAAGCCAUUCGUUGAUGAAACGAUUAAACCAGGUGCUAUCAAAGCUGGCGACCAAAUCUUGGAAUUGCUACAACGAAAGCCCCGCAGCUCGAGUAUUUCUUCGACAAACUCUGGUGUCAGUACCAAAGGCACCAGUGGGUCCACGACACAAACAAUUAAUGCUACAGUCACCACUUCAUCAAAGCCACUGUCCAUAUCCGAUUCGAAAGUCAAGGAAGCUGAUGCCUCUUUACUGCAUCAUAAUAUUAGCUAA